CUCCCCGGGGGUCUUGCGAGUGGAGGGAGGGGGCUAUCAUGAGUGAGACCGCUUAACUUGGAGGACAAGGGGACGAAAGUUUGGGCACCGCAGGCACAGAGUUGGAAACCCAUUGGAAAUCCUGCAGUUGAGUAAUCGCCUAAAGGAUCCAGCGGUCAUUGUUUUCCCUUAGAUGCCGAAGAACUGGGGGACCUGAAUCUGAGCGUGAAAAGCUGAGGCCAAAUCUUCCAAAAGGCAACAGGGGUAGCUGCUAAUGCAAUAUGAUCCUCAGGGACUCACUCUAAAAAUACCAUCCAGCCAGGAGUACAGGCGCAAGCUACAUUCGCCUAAUUGGAGAAAGAUUAAACAUUUUGUUUUUCAGCUUCUCUAAUAGGACAGCUCAAGGAUGUGAGAAACAUAUUCCAAAACAUUUAUGAUGCAGAAAACCUGUGGGAAAUUUCUUUCUUUUGACAUUUCUACUUGCCUGAAGGCCUUUCAGAAGGUCUUCUGUUAUUGCACGCAGAGUUUUCCACAUUUCUAAGAAGUCAUAUUAUAAGUAAGUAUUGCAUCUAACUGGUGUUGAUAACCUGGAGUGUACUCUUGCAUUUGAAGGUGUCUGCUUGAAUGUUUGGAAUAUGUUUACCAUAUCAAAACUUUAAAUUAUGAAAAGCUAUUUUAUUUUGUGCAUUAGAGAUACUUGAUGUAAUUUGAAGCUUCAGUCAGUUUAAUAACGUGUAGCAGUCAGUAAAGAAGCUCUCCACUGGAUCAUGAGGAAAGCUGAGGUUCAGAUGACCCUGAAGAAGUGUGCCGAUGAAGAAGCAGGAAGAAUGGCUCCUCCAAGUCCCAGGAUACCAUCAAAACGGGCAAAAGUUAGUUCAGAUCAGGUCGUACCAGACCCUGCUGCUUCUGUCUACCCAACCCCAACUCCUCCAGUGUUCAUCCGGAAGAUGAGGAACGCUGCGGUAGGUACCGGCUGUGAUAUCCGCCUGAAAGUGGCAGUGGCUGGAGACCCACAGCCUACCCUCUUCUGGUACCACAAUGAUGACCUGCUCAACAUGGAUAACCAGGAAUACGGAGGCCUGUGGAUCAGGGACUGCAAACCUAGUGAUGCUGGCCUCUAUACCUGCAUCGCCACCAACCAUCUCGGAGAGGCCAGAAGCAGUGCUGUCCUUGCCGUUUUGGAUUUGGGUGAAGACUCUGAGACUACAGAAGACGAAGCCGCUGAGCCACAAAUACCCCUGGAAGCUAAAGAAGGAGCCAGAGGUUUUCAGGAUGAGGCAGGUGAGAGAAUGAUGGAUGUUGCCCCAGAUGCGAGCGAUCGCUGGGCCGCCGGAGAGACCACAGUGUUGGAGAAAGAAGCUCUAGCCCUGGGAUCAAGAGCUCCGGGGCCGCAGUCAGCCAGGAGCCCAUCUGAAGAAGUUUUGAGGGAAUCUCCCCCUCAAGUCCUACCACCCCCUUCCCCCAAAAUUGGCCGCUCUACUGCCUCUCCUUUGCUCAGCCGUUCUGGUUCAUCCCCUGCCACACCCCUAGCCCCACGCAAGAAAGUUGUCGUGCCGACUGAAUAUCAAGACACAGUACCAGGAGAGUUUGAGGAGAAGAUAAAGCAACCCAAAUCCUCAGGCAUGUCUCAGAGUAGUGCUCAAGACUCUCGACCCCAAACACCUGUCAGCGAAUAUUCCCGUAAGGAACUUACACCUCGACCUUCACCAAAACUGACAAGAGCUAGCUCCAAGAUCUUCGAGAAAGUGCGUGUCUUUGAAGAGCGCAGAAAAAGUAUCGAUAACCCAGAGGGAUCUAUUUCGGGACGUUCUUGGGCUGGAUUUAACAGAGCAUCAUCUAUUGACUCUGAUGAAGGAGGGAGCCGGUUGGGGAUCUCGAGGGAGAGCUCCAAAGAAGACCUUCGUGAGGCUCUGAAGGCAGACGCAGCCCAUAGAAGGACCAUGUUCAAACAACGGGCUUCUUCCCUGGAGGACAGACCCCAUUACUCCCAAAAGGUGCAGGACAUUGAGAACAAGUUCACAGAGGAGCUCCAGCGCAUCAAAAAGCUUGUCGGUAAACCACACAUGAAGAAAUCUUUCUCAACAGAGCAGCUCUCUACUUCUCACAGGAGCAGGCAGCCUAUAAGGAAGGUAGAGCCCAUCCCACCUCAGGUUCUUCAAAAGCUGCAGGAACGAGAGCGUGCUCAGCGAGAGCAAGAGAUGAGAGAGAGAGAGCAAGCCAAGGAACGAUCACCUCCAAAAUCACCCUCACGCAGACGAAAAGACCAGCUGGCACAAAAAGUUGAAAGCGAUCGGUCUGUCCCAACCACCAAGGUGGUAAGCACAUUUGGACAAGAACCAUCACCUCCAGAGGCCAUGUCACUCUCUGAUUUACCUGGCCAAAGGUCUCCAAGACUUCGGGGCCCAAGCCCAAGCAGAGAUAGUACCCGAAGGUCUCCAACUGUAGAGAUCACAUCCAUGGCUGAAGAGCGCUCUCGAGGCAGAGCUGAAUCUCCAUCCCGAAAUGUCUUAGAGAUGACAUUACGCAAAGUGGAACCAAGACCUGCAAGUCCACUAGUAAAGAGGGUUGUUCGUGUUCAGGAAGUUCCACAAGCAAAUGAUGAGUCCAUGCAUAAGAAGACGCCAAUAGAGAUCUCGCUGAGAAAACUGGAAAGAAGGCCUGAAAGUCCUUUGGUGCAAGGAGAAACUGUAGCUAUUCAAGAAUGUCCUGUCCAAGCUCCCACCAAACCUCCAAGAGUUUCUUCAUCUUCUUCAUCUGAGGAAAAGAUGGAACUGGAUGUGACUCCUCUACCACCAGCUCUAAAGCUCACUAUACCAAAAAUUAUUGUCGAAGAGGAGCCAAUGGAGACAGACACACCUGCAGAGAAGACUGAUAAGGCUGUAAAAAGUGGCACUGCUAAAGAAGAAAAACCCCAAAGAAGCAGAGGAAGGGGACGCAGACAAAGACCAAUGUCCCCUGAAUUAGAAUCUUCAGACGACUCGUACGUGUCUGCAGGAGAGGAUCCUCUAGAGGCUCCUGUGUUUGAGUUUCCGCUUCAGGACACUGUGGCCUCUACUGGAACAGAGGUUCUUUUAAAAUGCAUCGUCAGUGGCACCCCUUUCCCAGAAGUUACAUGGAAGAGAGACAACACUGAGAUCAAGAACAGUCCAACUCAUGUUGUGAAGGUAGAGGGGGAAAGGCACACAUUGCUCAUCAAAUGGACGAAGCCAAGUGAUGCAGGAACAUACACAGUUACUGCUACCAACGAGGUUGGCGAGAUGUCCAGCAGCGCUACUCUUUUCAUCAAAUCAGAGCCCAGUCAGGACCAGCGUGGGAACCUUGGUGUACCCAUGGAUGUCAGCAGUCCCAUCACAUCUGAUGAGGAGUACCUCAGUCCUCUUGAGGAGGGGAUGGAUUUCUCCUCAUACAGGGGACCUGAGCCGAGGAAGAUUGUGGAUACUCGAUUCAAGGAGCCUCCAUCCUUUCAGGUUGUUAUUGGAGACCAAACAGUUAUAGAGGGUCAAGAGGUGACCAUGUCUGUUCGAGUGAGUGGACAGCCUAAACCCAUGCUUUAUUGGCUGAGAGACAGAGUGACCAUUAAAACAGGUGCACGGCAUAUCGUCCAUGAGACAGAGGAGGGCAACUUCGAGAUGAUAAUUAAAUCGGCACAGAAGUCAGACUCUGGUGUUUACACCUGCAAGAUCAUCAAUGAGUAUGGAACUAAACAGUGUGAGGGCAAACUGGAGGUGAAAGCUCGUCCAAUAGAGCCAGGCCUGGCCAUCAUUCGGCCAGUGAGGGACGUGAUGGUGAAGGCAGGGGAGACUGCCUUGUUCGAGUGUCAUGUGAUCGGCCCGCAGGACACAGAUGUUGAUUGGCUGUCAGAUGGGAAACUCAUCCAACCAGCUCUGUUGGACUGUAAGAUGCACUUUGAUGGGAAAAGGUGCAGGCUGCUGCUUAACUCUGUACAUGAAGAUGACAGUGGAACGUACACCUGCAAACUGAGCACAGCUAAAGAGGAGCUGACCUCUAGUGCCAAGCUAAAGGUCGUAGCAUCCAUAGAGCCCCUCUUCACCCGUAAGCUGGAUGUACUAGAAGUUAUCGAGGGUCGUAAUGCUCGAUUUGACUGCAAGGUCAGCGGGACGCCACCUCCACGGGUCAUCUGGAGCCACUUUGAUCAUCCGCUGGAGGAUAGCGAAGACAUUCGGAUCUUGAAAGAAGGAGGACGGCACUCGUUAAUCAUCUCUCAUGUUAGUAAUGAAGAUGAGGGUCUCUACACAGUAGUAGCACGGAACUCACACGGGGAGGCCGAGUGCGCAGCGGAGCUGUAUGUGCAGGAGCCCAGACCAGCAAUUUCCUCUCAAAUAGCAAAGCUGGAAAAAAUGCCCUCCAUUCCCGAGGAACCUGAGGUGCCUGAGAAUGAGGUGGAACGAUUCACCAUGCCUGACUUUGUCAAGCCGCUCUAUGAUCUGGAUGUAGUUGAGGGCAGAGAGGCUGUGCUCCGGUGCAAAGUUGCUGGCCUGCCGUAUCCAGCCAUAAUCUGGUUUCACAAUGGCAAGAGGAUUGACAGCACAGAGGACAGAAAAAUGACACAGUUCAGAGAUGUUCACAGCCUGGUGAUCCGCUCUGUUUGUCAUGCCCACGGAGGAGUUUACAAGUGUGUCAUAUCCAAUAAGGUGGGCAAGGCCACCUGCUAUGCCCAUCUUUAUGUGACAGACAUCCUUCCUGACCCGCCAGAUGGGGGCCCAGUCAUUGAGUCCAUCACUGGCAAGACUAUCACGCUAAGCUGGAAGAAACCCAGAAGACUGGAUCCGUCCAUUGAUCCUAGCUCCCUGAUGUAUGCUGUGCAGCAGCAAGCUCUAGGGUCGAUCCAGUGGACCAUCAUCGCCUCUUGCCUGAAACAGACCAUCUAUACCAUUACCAAUCUAUCUAAAGGUGUCCGCUACGCCUUCAGGGUGCUAUCAAUCACCAGCAAGGCCUUUAGCAAGCCAUCGCCUGCCACCGAGCCAGUGCAGCUGCUAGAUAGAGGUCCGUACCUACAGGAGGCUCCUAUAAUCAUUGACAAGCCGGACAUUGUGUAUAUGGUGGAGAAGCAGCCCUUAAGCAUCACAGUCACUCUCAACCACGUCAAUGCAUCAGUCACAUGGAAGAGAGGGGCAGUGACAUUGUCUAACAGACCGGGUCUGUAUGAGUUGAGCAUGCCUGAUGAUGACCAGCAUACACUGAUGCUGUGCAAGGUAAAGAGCAGUGAUGUCGGUCAGCUCACGUGCAUCGCCAGCAACAAGUAUGGCAGUGACACCUGCACCCUAACCCUGGAAAUGGCAGUGGCGCCGACUUUUGAGACCAUCAUGGAAGACCUGGACGUGAAUGUAGGCGAGACUCCUCGUUUUGCGGUGGUGGUUGAAGGAAAGCCCGUCCCAGACAUCCUCUGGUAUAAGGGAGACACCCUGCUGUCCGAAAGCAGCCAUUUCACAUUUGUGUACGAUGACAAUGAAUGUUCUCUAGUGGUACUGAACACUCAAGCAGAUGACUCAGGAGUUUACACCUGUACUGCUAAGAAUCUGGCUGGUUCUGUGUCCUGCAAGGCUGAGCUGACUGUCCACAUCGCUAAAGAGUACAAAGACGACCCCAUGGAGGACGAGGCGUCCAUCUUAAGAAAAAUGCGUAGGCUCACUGAUUACUAUGACGUGCACAAGGAAAUUGGGAGAGGGGCGUUCUCAUAUGUGAAACGAGUAAUACAGAAAGCGGGAAAGAACGAAUAUGCAGCCAAGUUCAUUUCCGCUCGGGCUAAACGGAAGGUCUCCGCUCUGAGAGAGCUGAACAUCCUGUCUCAUCUAGACCAUGAGAGGAUCCUCUACUUUCACGACGCCUUUGAAAAGAAGAAUGCUGUUAUCAUCAUCACAGAGCUAUGCCAUGAGGAGCUUCUCGAAAGGCUUACAAAGAAAUCAACAGUAAUGGAGUCAGAGAUCCGAUCCAGCGUGAGGCAACUGUUGGAGGGUAUUAGUUAUCUUCAUCAUCAUGACAUACUCUAUCUAGACUUAAAGCCUGAUAAUAUCCUCAUGGCAGACCCUACUAGUGAUCAGAUCCGCAUAUGUGAUUUUGGAAAUGCUGUAAAGUUCACGCCUGAUGAGGCACAGUACUGCAAAUAUGGCACUCCAGAAUUUGUCGCCCCAGAGAUUGUUAACCAGACACCCGUCUCCAAGGCAACGGACAUCUGGCCUGUUGGAGUUCUAACAUACUUAUGUCUCACUGGAGUUUCUCCUUUUGCUGGAGAAAACGACCGCAGUUCGGUUCUCAACAUCAGGAACUAUAAUGUAGCUUUUGAAGAAAGCAUGUUUACCGACCUCUGUCAUGAAGCUAAGGGAUUCGUCAUUAAACUGCUGGUGGCUGAUAGAUUGAGACCCCAUGCUAACGAAUGUCUUCGGCAUCCCUGGUUCAAGACCUUGAAUAAGGGUAAAAGCAUCAGCACAGAGUCCCUGAAAAAGUUUAUGUCCAGAAGAAAAUGGCAGCGAUCUCUUAUCAGCUAUAAAUCUAAGAUGGUGAUGAGGUCUAUAGCCGAGUUACUGGAUGACUCCUCUAGCCACAUUUCCAUUGCUGUUCCACGACACCUGAAACAAGGCUCACCACCACCAUCAUCAUCUUCAGAUUCGGAUGAAGACAUUGAUGAGCUGCCUUUUAUCCCAAUGCCCAUAAACAUGGAAUUCUCAGGUUCUAGAAUGUCACUGACUGAAAUUGUUGGGGAUGAUGAAAUGACAGGUAGACCGAAUGGAAAUGCUGAGAGGCCUGCUUCAAGCCAUCAGAAGUCAGAGCCCAUGGAAGUGGAGAUGUCAGAGAAAGAGGGUGGAGGUGCAGCUGCUAGGGGUAAAGCCAGGAAGAGGUCAACACAAGAUGAUGAAAAAGGCUCAUCUGAUGUAGAACCAGCAGAACUGGCCAAAAGAGCAGAGCACGCAAAGAGACCUAUGAGGAGAGGUUCAAGCAUGGAGUCAGAUGAGCCAGAGGGAGCUCGUCGCAGAGGAGAGUUGCGCAGAGGGAGCUCAGCUGACAGUGCCCUACAGCUCCACAUCAAACCAGAGGAGGGCACAGAAGAAAGCUCUACCGAUGGAAGUAGAAUUCUGCAAAAGUCAGUAUCGAUGGAGCUUCCAAGGAGAAGCCCAAGUCCAGGAGCUGCAAAGCUGAGCCAGGAAGACUAUGCCCUGAAAUUGGAACUUAUGAGGCAGAGACUUCUCAGGGGUGGCUCUGUAGAUAACAAGAUGAGCGGAUUACGAGGCCCACUGCUGGAGACAUUAGGCAUGGGGGAUGAGAAGCGCUAUGUGCGGGGGUCUCGCCUUGGAAACCCUCCACUUGUUAGAGCGGCAUCCAGCGAGUCUCCUAGAGAUGAUAUCCCAAAGACAAAGAUACUCCGAAAGAGUGCUUCUUUCAGCCAGGGUGAUUCAGAGCCCAUGCCCUUGCACCGACGGAUGGGAGCACCUCUAGAGAUCCCACUGGCACAAAUAGAAGAGAGACGACUGCAGGAAGCUGUAUCUAUGUCUGCUCUCACAGAGCCAGUUAAGGAUUCUCGCCCCAUCACCCCAAAAAUCCAUACACCAGAACCAGAAGUAUGUGAGAGAGAGAAAAUUGAGGAAAAAGAAUCAGCUGUCUACAAGGACAACAGACCAGAAGAAGUCAUUGUUUUGCCAAAAACUAAUGCAGAUCAAUCUAGUAGUGUUGAUCAGAAAUCUUGGGAGACUGAUGCACAGGAGAAGGUCCAGAGCAAGUUAGAGGUGCCCAGUGAAAAGUCUCAAAAAGUGGAUGAAAUUAAGCUGAAGACCCCCAUAGUAGAGGAAACAAUUGAGGAAGAGGAAGAAAGAGAGGAUAAAGAACAAGAGGAAGAAGUGGAGCCUCCUGCUCCAGAGAUUGAGGUUAAAGAAGUUGAGGAUGAGAUAAAAGAAAUUGAGGAUGAGGUAAAAGAAGUUGAGGAUGAGGUUAAAGAAGUUGAGGAUAAUGUAAAGGCAUCACCAAAGUCUCCAGAGGUUACCAUUACCACCAGCUCAAUAAUGGUGACCCCAACAGCUGCCCCAGCUCCCAGCCCCCAGAGUGUCGUCUCAACUUAUGUGACUCCAUCACUCCCAGCACGUACAGUGCUCCCAGAUGGUAGAGUGUCUGCAUAUGCUAGUAUCAUGCAGACCAUCAUGGUACCAUCAGUCCAGGCAUCUAGCCAACCUGGUCCUGUUCCUGUGCCUACACCUGCAUCAACCACCCCAACAACCAGCCCAGCUUCAGUUCCAGUCUAUGCACCCAUUUCCAAACACAUCUCUGAACCAAGCCUUUUGCUAAAUUCUUCAUCCAAACCAGACCUUCCCCAAAGCACUGAACAUCCUGCAGUGUUUUCUCGGGUUGCCUCAACAGAACAUUCUCCUAAAGAGCCAAGUCCUCCUAAAACUCCCACUCGUGCCUCCUCUGAGCGAGAGCCGUCUCCUGGAAGCAACAUUCAGGACCUUGCAUCUGAGGAGGUCUUUGAAGCUCGUUUCAAGAAGCGUGAGUCCACUCUAACUCGUAGUCUUAAACGCUUCUCAUUCCAGAAAACUGAAGAAAAGCCUUCCACCGUUGCUCCAGAAACCGCAGAAGAAAUGUAUCGCCCAAGGCCAAUUGGUGCACCAUUAGAAUUUGUUCCAAGGCGGAUGGAGGAGAAGUCCAAGUCAGUUCAGGAUCUUCGUGAGGCGGAGAAGGACCCUGGGUUCAUGAGGAGACUCUCAAUGCGCUUGAAAAGAACCCCAUCAGUAGAGAGGCAGGAAGAGAAGCUCAAAGAAGAGGAAGCUUCAGCACCCAGGCGUCGUCUGUCCUGGGCACUGGGACGGAGGGGAUCCCAAGAAAAGAAAGAGAUUGAGAUGGUGAGGUUGGAUGGAGGUCCUGAGCCUCCCCCAGAGCCUGAGUCCAAAGCACCCUCAGAGUCACCGAUCCUUGCCAUGCGCAAGAAGAUUGGCAGUACCAUGGCAAGCCUAUCCACAAGGAUUAGGAGCCACUCUGAGGACAGGAAAGAUGAUAAUGAAAGCAAGAUGGAGAAAAGGACACCUAUAUUCACAAAACUACGUCGUUCCACCUCAGAAGGUGGCAGUCUGAAGAGGAUGGGUGUCCCACAGAACCAAAUUGCUGCCCAAUCAGGGAAAGGGACCUCAUCAGAAUCACUCGAUUCCAUGUCAAGCAUCCAAUCAGAAUCAACUGCUAAAAGUACAGAAAUUGAACGCAGAUCACGAUGGGACCGCUGGGGGUUGACAAGGGGAAAAAGAGACAAGACGGUUUCCCAACCAGACAUCCCAGCUUCCAUUGCCAGGGAGAAUGGCUCUCUCCGCUCUCGCCAGUACACACGUCUAACAUCUGACUUCCCUCCUGUGUUCCAUAUCAAACUAAGGGACCACGUUCUCUUGGAGGGAGAUCCUGUAACUCUCAGCUGCCUCCCUGCUGGCAGUCCUCACCCACGCAUCUCAUGGAUGAAAGAUAAGAAGCCACUUGAGAUAGACCCGAGGAUGAACAUGAUAUCCUGCCCUGAUGGGAGACAGCUCCUGAUGAUUAUGAAGACCACCAAGAAGGAUGCAGGGCUUUAUGAAUGUGUGGCUUCGAACACACUGGCCUCUGUCACCAGCUCAUGCAUUGUGUCCCUUGCUCGUCUGCCUAAUAGUCCUGGGACUCCUGAGGUGCCUCAGAAGUAUAAAAACACCGCUCUGGUGGUCUGGAGACCCUCAGACACCACGGCACCAUGCACCUACUCUCUGGAGAGGAAGACAGAGGGUGAGACUAACUGGCUGAUAGUAGCCACAGGUGUGGCUGACUGUUACUACAAUGUCACGGACCUUCCAACCGGUGCAGCAUACAGGUUCAGAGUGGCCUGUGUGAACAAGGCUGGUCAGGGACCUUACAGCAAUCUGUCUCAAAAAAUCAUCCUGGACUCAACAGUCUUUUUAACAGCACCCCAAAAGUCCAGUGGAACAGUCGUUGUCAAAACGCUCCCAUCAGCUCCGGCUCCUGCACCUUCAGUGGUAACAUCCACAAUGACUCUACCUGCGAUGAAGCCUGCUGCCGUUAAACAGGCUGCAGCUCCACCGGUGACUUCAGCGCCCUCCAUAGUCCAGCCGGUAAAGCCUGCAUCUCCCCCUGCUGCACCUGCAUCAGCUACGACACCUUCCCCUGCCGCUCUUGCCCCGAGUCAUCGUACUGUGCCUGAUAUCCGAACUCCAUCCCCUAGUGCUCCUACCCCAGCUAAAGCUAAGACUACUCUCAACAUCACUAUGGCCAAACCCUCCCCAGCAUCCCCUGCAGCUCAGCCUCCUCCUGCUAAACCCUCGCCACCCGUCGUCCUGCCCAAACCUCAGACCCCUGUGAAUGUGGUCUCCCCUCCAUCUCACACUCCUCCGGUGUCCCCGCCCCCUUUGGUCUCCCCUCCACCUGCUAUGGGCAAGCCUAUCUCUUCAGUGCCCAUGUACGUCCCGACCACCACUACAGCACAUGUGACCCCAGUCACCCCAAACACGCCUUCUCCUGCCCUGUCACCACCGGUUGUGUUAGUUACAAGUCUGAGUCCCGUAGGGGAGGGUACUGGCACACCCAAUCGUAUGACUCCAAGUGGAAGAGCCAUCACUCCUACAGGGCGCAGAACCCCUAUAGGAAAACCUGGAGAGUCGACCCUAAGGCAGGGAGUCCCACAGAAACCAUACACAUUCAUGGAUGAGAAAGCAAGAGGUCGUUUUGGUGUGAUCAGAGAGUGUCGGGAAAAUGCCACCGGUAACCUGUACAUGGCCAAGAUUGUGCCGUAUGAGCCUGAGAGCAAGCAGGCCGUGCUACAGGAGUAUGACAUACUGAAGUCACUCCACCACGAGAAGGUCAUGGCUCUGCAUGAGGCCUACGUCACCCCACGCUACCUAGUGCUCAUCUCUGAGUGCUGCUCAGGGAAAGAGCUGCUCCAUAGUCUGAUUGACAGGUUCCGAUAUUCAGAGGAUGACGUGGUGGCGUACAUCGUACAGAUACUUCAGGGUCUGGACUACCUGCACAGCCGGAGAAUCCUGCAUCUGGAUAUCAAAGCAGACAAUAUCAUCGUCACUUACAUGAAUGUUGUUAAGAUUAUUGAUUUUGGUAGUGCACAGACCUUCAAUCCACUGUUCCUGAAGCAGUUCUCUCCACCCAUUGGAACACUGGAUUAUAUGUCUCCUGAGAUGUUGAAAGGAGAUGUGGUGGGUCCACCGGCUGAUAUCUGGAGCAUUGGCGUAUUGACUUAUAUCAUGCUCAGCGGGAGACUGCCGUUUACAGAGAAUGACCCUGCCGAGACAGAGGCCAGAAUUCAGGCAGCCAAGUUUGACCUCAGUAAGCUCUACCAAAAUGUGUCCCAAAGUGCCUCUCUGUUCCUCAAGAAGAUCCUGUGCAGCUACCCUUGGGCCCGUCCUACAAUUAAGGACUGCUUUAACAACUCCUGGCUGCAGGACGCUUAUCUAAUGAGACUGCGCAGACAGACUCUCACGUUUACCACCACACGCCUCAAGGAGUUCCUGGAGCAGCAGCAGCAGGUCAGGGCUGAGGUGGCAACAAAGCACAAAGUCCUUCUACGUUCCUACCAGAGCACCCCCUCAACACCCGGCACCCCUGCAGCACCCAUCUCUCAGUGAGCUCCAGCACAGGACGUCCUCCAGAGAGAGAUGAGAGACGGCUCUGGGGUUCUCCAGGAUAAGGACAGAGAGAGACACAGCCUCAGGACAUCCAAGCCCCUCUAGGCUGCCCUCGGUGGGCCCUUGAGGGGCCAGUUAAUGUGUGGUGUGUGUGUUAGCAGAUCAAGCACCGGAUGUUUUGGCCUUGACACCUUGGGUCGGAUCUGAGACGAGAAACACACACACACACACACACACACACAACCCAUUGUUCAAAAGCAUCUUGGAUUUGAGUGCAUUUACCAUUAGCCAGCAUGCACAGUGCAGUUGUGUUUUUGUCCAGGAAGAUGUCCUUACUUUAAUCUCUCCCGUCCAACUCUUUUUCCUUUUUUUUUUUCUUAUGACUUUUUGACAAACCUAUUUUAGCAUUGGAUCUCUAGCGAACGGUCAACUUUGGACCCGUCGUGGUUGAGAAGAGUGACUGUAUUUCAUAUACAAACAUCAAGAAGACAGCGAUCUAGU